ACAAAGCAUUAGCUGAAUCGGUAUAGCGGCUCGAUUGGAUCUGGGGAAUCGCAGACUAGCGGACGUUAUUACACUGUUGUCUCCGGAAAGACCUGCGGUAUAUCAAAGAUUACACAGCCGUCUGCUUCCCCUGGUACAUUGGCCUGUUCCCUCCCAUCGAUGGCUUUAGCCUAUAGGUCGUCUGCCGAUUGACGAUGAAGUUCUUUCGCGCUUUGAUUUCCACUUUCUUUGUUGCAGCUUCGCUUUUAGUUGCUACAGCUCAAGCACGAUCUAAAGCGCCCAAUGCUAUCCGAUACGUUUCCGUUCUGGACAAUGUGCUAGUCCAUACUCCUUCGCACCUGGUCAAUCAUCUGUCCCAGUUCGAUAUUACCUUUGAUCUACACGGCGGUAGUCAACGGAUCAAACUGUCCCUGGAGCCAAACCAUGACAUAUUGGCGGAAGAUGCUCUUGUCCAGUACCUCGAUGUAGAUGGAAAUGUCAGACACGCAGAACCCAUCGAUCGCUCCGCCCAUCGGGUGUUUAAAGGAAACGCAUGGGUAAAAUCGGAUGCUGGCAGAUGGGAGCCUGUCGGCUGGGCACGAGUUUACAUGAAGAAGGAUGGGCAAUACCCACUGUUCGAAGGCGCUUUUAGUGUGCUGGGAGACCACCACCAUAUAGAGUUACAGUCAACAUAUCUGGAGAAAAAGCGAGAUGAGGAUGUGGAUAUUCCACGUCGGGAAGGAGACUACAUGCUUGUCUACCGCAACUCUGACAUGAUCCGAUAUAUUCAUUCGGAGCUGAAACGCUCUUUGGUCGAUUCAGCUUCUUGCUCGGCUGACCAGCUUGGCUUCAACUCUGAUCCGAGGCAGUUACUAUUCCAACAGGAUCAGCUGUCAUCCGCUGCAUGGGGGGCUACAUCUUUGAACUCGUUAUUUGGACUCAGCAGACGCCAGUCCGACACAGGGGGGGUUUCCGGUAACACCGGCGGGGUCAACCUCAAGUCAACAAUAGGCAGCACGGCAGGCUGCCCGAACAACAAGAUGGUUGCAUUGAUUGGUGUUGCGACAGAUUGUGGUUUUACCAGUUCCUUCAACUCGACUGAGUCGGCUCGCGAAUGGGUCAUCAACGUGGUCAACACAGCAUCCAGUUUAUACGAGAAAUCAUUCAACAUCUCGAUUGGUUUGCGGAAUCUGACCAUCAGUGACGCUUCCUGUCCUAGCACUGCUUCCUCGUCCGCUCCCUGGAACCUGCCCUGCUCCAGCAGCAAUAUCACCCAGCGGUUGGAUCUGUUCUCGAAAUGGCGUGGGUCUAAUAAUGAUAGCAACGCGUACUGGACCCUGAUGAGCGAGUGCAGUACCGACUCGGAGGUUGGGCUCUCAUGGCUUGGCCAACUCUGCAACACGGGCGUGGAGAGUGAAGGUUCCGAUUAUGUCAGUGGCACCAAUGUUGUUGUACGCAUCUCAGCGGGGUGGCAGGUGUUUGCCCAUGAGUCUGGCCAUACAUUUGGGGCCGUCCAUGACUGCGACUCCACAACCUGUUCGGAGGGUCUUGAAAGCACAUCGCAGUGCUGUCCUCUUUCCACCGACACGUGCAAUGCAGAUGGGAAAUACAUCAUGAAUCCAAGCGCCUCCGCGGAUGCAACACUGUUCUCACCAUGCACAAUUGGCAAUAUCUGUUCGGCCCUAGGUCGUAAUAGCGUCAAAUCCACAUGCCUGUCCGAUAAUAAAGGUGUGACCACAAUCACGGGCAGUCAAUGUGGGAAUGGGAUCGUCGAGGCUGGCGAGGAAUGCGAUUGUGGCGGGACCGAAGCCUGCGGCGAUAACAGCUGCUGUGACGGCAGCACAUGCAAAUUCAAGAACGGGGCCGUCUGCGACGAUUCGAAUGACAUCUGCUGCACCGACUGCCAAUACGCGGCAGCGAGUACCGUCUGCCGCGCCAGUACGGGAUCAUGCGACAUCGAGGAGAAAUGCACUGGGAAUUCCAGCAGCUGCCCGGCCGACGCUUAUGAGCCAGAUGGAACCAGUUGCGGCAACUCGACCGGCCUCAAAUGUGCCAGCGGCUCCUGCACGAGCCGAGACUUGCAAUGCCGGACCGUUGUGGGCGCGUUACUCAACAGCAAUGACACAUAUGCGUGUGACAGCACUUCCUGCACGCUGACGUGCGCGUCCUCCGUGCUGGGCUCCAAUGCCUGCGCUACUCUGAACCAGAAUUUCUUGGACGGGACGCCCUGCGGCGGUGGAGGCAAAUGCGAAAACGGCCAGUGCAAGGGCUCAACGGUGGGGAAAGAAAUCAAAUCCUGGGUCGACGAUCUCCAUUCUCUGGUGUGCAAUCAACAGAUGUCAACAACGCCGCAACGGCAUCCCUGCCAACAAGCCUCGGCCACCGCCUCCCAUGUCUUCCUACCCUUCUUGGAACGGUCCCAUGCCCCCGUCGACGUAUCCUAUGGAGGCAUACCCUGGUGCGAACUACGCGGGGCCUCCGCCUCCGUAUUUUGGUACAAACCAUUGGCCCGAAGAGCCUCGUCCUUGGCCACGAUACGCGUAGUGCUAGAGAUGCGUUUCUUUUUAUUCUUCUUCUUCGGUACAUUGAUGAUAGAUGAUCCUUGCACAUGAUUCAUUUCGAUAGGUUGGCGUUCUUGGGAUUCGACUGGGAUGGUACAUACGUUAUGCCAUGUGGCAUUGUGCGGCGUCAGUUAGAUAUGUUGUAUGAGUAGUCUAAAUACAUACCAGCCUCAAUCCAAACUACACGUUCUACCCAUGUCACCGAACUACAGUUGGAAUGAAUCAAAUCAAAUAAGAAAACCCACAGAUAA